AUGAUAUUGCAUUUGCUCUUCAGACUUUUUGACAGUCUUAUAGUUAGAAGCUAUUUCAGCCCUGACGAAUAUUGGCAAUCUUUAGAAGUAGCUCAUAAGCUUGUAUUUGGGUAUGGAGAACUGACAUGGGAAUGAAAAACAAGUGAACUUCGCUCCAUUAUUCAUCCAGGAAUCUUUGCAAUUUUUUAUUAUAUUAAUAAUAUCAUCAUAUAGAAUAAUUAUUUUUUGAAAUAAUUAAAAUGCAUAAUUAACACAAAUAAUAUAUUUUUUCUAAAAAUCACAAGUCUAGACUAUCCUAUUAUUGUAGCAUAUUUACCUAGAAUUAUUCAAGGAUUUUUACUCUAUAUUUGUGAUAUAUACGUCUAUAAAAUAGCUCAGCAUAUUUUUGGAAAAAAUGCAGCGAAAUGGACUUUUGUUUUGCAGAUAGCUAGUUGGUUUUUAUUUUAUGGAGGGAUUAGGACUUAUAAUAAUUCAUUUGAAAUGGCUCUUACUGCUGUAGGAUUGUAUUUUUUGACUAUAGGAAAAGAUAUAUAUUGAAAUAUAAUUGUAGGACUAUGCUGUAUGUGUAGACCAACUUCAAUAAUGACGUGAAUCCCUGUAUAUUUAUUUAAUUUUUAUAGGAAAGAAUAUAAAAAGUUAUUCCAGACUUUUUGAAUUGGGUAAACUAUAUUUAGGAUCACAUGCUUUUCUUUUCAGAUAUUAUUGGAUUCUUUAUAUUUUGGAAAAUUUACUGUUACUGCUUAUAAUUUUUUAGAGUUUAAUUUAUUGCAAGGAAAGUCGUCAUUUUACGGAGUGCAUCCUUGGCACUGAUAUAUUUCAAAUGGUAUACCUACAGUUUUGAUUUCUUAUCUGCUACCAUUUUUAUUAGGAAUAUAUUUCUAUAUAUCUCAUUCAUUGCAGACUAAAAAUUUUCCUAUUCUUGCUGUUUCUCUAUUAUUUUCUUUGGUCUUUUUAUCGUUAUCCCCUCACAAAGAAUUUAGAUUUCUUUUGCCUUAUUUUCCGUAUUUUUUGAUUAUAUCAGGAUAUGGAAUGCAAUUUAUCAAGUACAAAUUUUUAAUAUGAAUUAUUAUUUUAUUGCAAAUCCCUAUAGCGUUUUAUCUAAGCAUUUGACAUCAAUCAGCUCCUUUAGCAACAACUGAUACUUUGAGAAAUGAAAACCUAAAAAGUGUAGCAUUUUGGAUAAACUGCCACGGAACCCCAUUUUACUCUCAUAUCCAUCAAAAUAUUCCUAUGGAUUUCUUACAUUGUGAACCUUUUUCAGAUAUAAAAGAGGUUGAUGAAUUCUUUAAAAAUCCGAAAUAUUAUGCUGAUAAGAUGCUGAAAAAUAAUUACUCUCAUAUAGUGCUCUGGGAAAGCCUAUACGAAACACUUAAAGAAAGCUUGAAAGAAUAUGAAAUUUUAGAGAAGAUUUUCCAUUCACAUUAUACAGAAAGCCCUAUUGCAUAUGAAUCAAAUGUAAGUUUUCUUAUAUUAAAGCAUAAAUAG